AUUGUUGCCCUGAAAGCAGGCGAGCCUGUUGCCGGGGAGGGAGGAAAGUGGUGAAAGCUGACGCCGAUCCUUGGCAGGUUGGUCUUCAGAUCCAUUGGCGCAGCAGAUUUCAAGACAGAGAGAAAGACUGCCUGUGGUCACUGCAGGAAGAAGAAACAGGAAAAAAUCCUUAACAUGGAAAACGUUCCCAAGCAAAUCAAGGUCGGAGAGCAGGUCGCAGUGAAGAACGAGGAGGAAGCCCGUCCUUUAGAAGGCGGGGAAGGCCAGCAGCCUGGAGGCAAUAUCAGAGCGGGCUGGGUUCCACCUGUCCAGGAUUUUGGAGAAGAUAUGCCGGAUAGGCUUGCCAAUAACAUGGAUUUGAUAGAUGGAGAAGCAGAUGACAUGGAACGAUUCAUGGAGGAGAUGAGAGAGCUAAGGAGAAAAAUUAGGGAGCUUCAGUUAAGGUAUAGUCUGCGCAUCCUUAUAGGGGAUCCCCCUCACCAUGAUCAUCAUGAUGAGUUUUGCCUCAUGCCCUGA